AGGCUUUUCAUCAAGGCCUACUCGAAAUUGUUUUAAAGAUGGUAGGACACUUACCAAGUAGUUUUUUUCUUGUUGCUUUUGGGUUUUUCUUGCUAGUUGUGAUAAAUUCCAUCACUUACACCACUGCUCAAUCAUUACAAAAACCGCAUUUUCAGGUGGAGCAUAAAGCAGGUGUCCUAGAUAUCAUGGCAACUAAAGAUAAAGCAACUGUCGAUGUCAAAUCAGAUACGAUUCGUCUCGUAGUCAAACCUGGAGACAGACAGAUACCGGUCGGGAAGGCACCAGACACCAAAGUUGUUAAUGUACAAAUGAACUGUCAGCCACCGUUUCAAGUCUGCUAAGAGGUCAACACUGAAUAUUGUAAAUUAAAUAUUCAGUUUCUGACUUCUAACGUAAAGUGGAUCCCUUUUUGAAAAGACCGGUCCAUUUUAGUUUCAUUAUACUUUUUUAAAAAACGAUAAGUUCACUAAAGCUUACUAUGAACAAUAAAGUCAUCGAUAUAGUGUAGUACAGCAAAAACACUCAUAAGAAUAUCUUUAUUGACUGUAAUCAAAUUCAUUAUUAUAAAUGGUAUAUAGUCGACACUUUAA